UUGAGCUCUCACAUCCUCACCUAGCACACGACAAGAACUAGUAUUCUGUUCUCCCAAAUCGAUCACUCCAUGUUCAAUAUGUCUAGGGACCCGUUGGUCGUCGGCCAUGUUGUUGGGGAUAUCGUGGAUCCCUUCAUCACAACAGCAUCAAUGAGGGUCUUCUACAAUAAUAAGGAGAUGACAAAUGGAUCUGAGCUUAAACCAUCUCAAGUGAUGAAUGAGCCAAGGGUCCAUAUCAGUGGGCGUGACAUGAGGACUCUCUACACACUUGUCAUGGUGGACCCUGAUGCACCAAGCCCUAGUAACCCUACUAAAAGAGAGAACCUUCACUGGUUGGUGACAGACAUUCCAGAGACAACUGAUACCAGUUUUGGCAACGAAAUAGUUCCCUAUGAGAGCCCGCGUCCAACUGCUGGAAUCCAUCGCUUUGUGUUCAUCCUGUUCAGGCAGUCAGUCAGGCAGACCACCUAUGCGCCGGGGUGGAGAUCAAACUUCAACACCAGGGACUUUGCAGCGAUCUACAACCUUGGCGCACCCGUCGCCGCAGUGUACUUCAACUGCCAGAGAGAGAACGGUUGUGGUGGAAGAAGGUACAUAAGGUGAUAUACGAAGUUGCUGUGUGUCCUAAUAAUAUUAACUAGCUGUGUGCUUGACUCUCUGAAGACAGAGAAGCAUAAAGAAUAGCAUUUGGGCUAUAAGUACUUCUAGCAAAUGAAAAAUAUAUCAUGUGUGUUUGUGUGGUAUUAGUAGUGUGGGUGAGCAUUGCAAGGACGAUGCUCGCAAUCAUAAGAACUAUCAUUAGUUCACUACACAUUGUAAGUCUGAUGUAAUGUUAUCCUUGCUUGCCCUGGCCUUCUCAAUCACAAGAAGUAUAGCUGGGGAAAUAGUUGAAUUAUUGUUGGGAA